GAGGAAGAACCCAAAAUAGAGCAACAAGGUAUCCCAUCAGAGGAAGAGCACAAGAUAGAGCAACACAAUGUCACAUCAGAGAAGGAACACAAGACAGAGCAACACAACGUCCCAUCAGAGGAGGAACACAAAUUUCAGGCUCAAGAGGUACCACCAGAAGAGGAACAUGAGACACAGCCUCAAGAUGUCCUAUCAGAGGAGGAACACCAUGUUCAUACGCAAGAUGACUCAUCAAAGGAGGAGGAACACAGGAUAGAACAACAAGAUGUCACAUCAGAGGAGGCGGAACAUAAGAUACAGCUACAAGAUGUCUCAUCAUCCACCCAGCUAUCUGAGGAAGUAGUACACAAGGAGGACGGGGAGCCAGUCCGGGACCAGGCUGCCACUGUGAUCCAAGCUGCCAUCCGUGGUCACCUAGUCAGACAGGAAGUGAAGAAACUCCGAGACGAAGAGACAGGAGACAAGUGA